GCGAGGGUCGACUGCCCCGACUGCCAUUUUCCAAUUUGCGAUUCAAGCUACCAGCAGUCCAAGCAUGGCUACGGUCGCCCCUCCUCGUCACCCGAUCGCCUGCCACGGCUGCAGCUCGUUCCCGAUCGUUGGUCCGCGUCUCCAGUCGACAACGACCCCCAGCAUCGACUACUGCAAGCCGUGCGCGGCCAAGUCGGCUACAGCGCAUGGCCCGUUUGCGCUCCACGCUGCGCCGCCCGUGCACCGCGUCAGCUGCAGCGGCUGCAAGGCCGCCACCAUCGUCGGUCCGCGCGCCGUCUCCAAGGCUGUCAAGGGCUUCAACCUCUGCGUGCAUUGUGUUCGCACCCGAGCGCAUGACGAGACGCACGGGCCAUUCAUCGUGCUGCACGGCGCGGCGGCGCACCGAGGUGCCGUCUGCGGCGGCUGCAAAGCCUCGCCGAUCGUAGGUCCCCGCUUCACGUCGUCCAAAGACGCGUCGCUCGACCUCUGUGCGUCGUGCGCCAUCUCGGGGCGCUGGAACGUGUCGCACGGUCCGUUCACGGUGCUGAUCAAGCCGCCCGCCGUGCACCCGGGCAGUACAUGUGCAGGGUGCAAGACCGCACCGGUCGUCGGGCCCCGGUUCCAGUCGACGAAGCACCCGGCCUUAAGUUUUUGCAAGUCAUGCACCGACUCGGGCACCUACACGGCCGAGCACGGGAGCUUCUUUGCGUGGGCGCUGCCGGCCGCGCACCCCGGCGUCGCGUGCAGCAACUGCAAGGCGGCGUUGAUCGUCGGUACGCGCUACAAGGCCAAGGCGACGCCCAACGCGGACCUGUGCUCGACCUGCUACGUCAAAGGCGGAUAUGGCGGAGCAUACCAGUCGAUCGAAACGCCCGUCGUGCACCGAGGGUUUGCGUGCGACGCCUGCCACGCGCCGUCGAUCGUCGGCGUCCGGUACCGGUCAACGACGACGCCCAACUACAACUUGUGCCGCGACUGCGUCCAGAACGAUGCGACCCACGGCCCGUUCCAGAUUGCGCCCGCGCCGCUCGUAGCCAAGAAGACGACGGCCUCCAAACCGGCGCCAGCUCUAGCCAAGCCGGCUGAGACGCCCACCAAGACGUCCGAGACCCCGGCGCCUGGGACGAGCAAGCCGCCCACGACGAAGGCAGAGGCGCCAACCAAGAAGGUAGAAACGCCGGCCAAGUCAGUGACAGUCAAGACGACCGUGACGAAGACCGAGGCGCCGGUGAAGUCGAAUGCUGCGGCGACGAGCAAGCCCACGGCAACGCCCAAGAAGCAGCCGACCGUCCGUGCAAAGCCCGCGUCGACAACGGCGGCGUCGACGUCGCAAUUCGCGGCGCAUGUCGAAGCUGUCCGGGACGUUUGCAACGAUGUCUUGUACUUGCACGAUGUGGCCUCCGAGCUUGUGGCGGCCGCCAGCACCGUCGUGAACGGUCGUGAUGACCAAGCCAAGGCACCCGUGCGACCUAAUCCGGUCGCCACCAAGCCCGCCCGAGCUGCUAACAAGCCCACACCAACGAAGCCCCAGCCUGCACCGCCAGCUGCAACGACCGCCAAGCCAAAGACGACGACCGCCAAGCCAACUGCGACGACCGCCAAGCCAACUGCGACGACCGCGCCGGCUGCGCGACGGACGCAGGCAACGACGGCGUCGACGAUUGGUCGCGCGAACGACGGCGUGGCGCGCAACCAGAGCCACAGCGCCAACAUGGUCGUCGUCGAGCACAGCAUCUACGUCGAGAGCGCUAUCUACGACAAUGAUCACUACGACCUGCAGUUGUAUCUCACCGAGAAGAACGAGCUCGAGUACGAUGGGCAGUACGACGUGUACGAGCACCAAUACGACGUCGAGCUCGACGACCUCCAUGGGACCCACGUGACCCUCGAAAUGCACGGCAACAACCACGAACAUUUCGACUACGACUGCUACGACAACGACCACCCAGCGUACACCGACGACGACGGCCUCGGCGACGAUCACCAAGAGUACCUGGACUACGACCUCUACGACCACCCCGAGCAUCUCGACAACGACGACUACGGCAAUGACCACGUUCAGUACACCGACGACGAUUGCUGCGACAACGACCACCCAGAGUGCACCGAGUACAACGGCUGCGGCGACGACGCAGCCUACUUUGAGGUUGGAAUCGACGACGACUACGACCACGGCUGUGACGCGGGCUGUGGCGACGACCACGUCGAGUACUACGAGGAGACCCAAUGUGACGACGACGAGGCAGACGACAACGACGAGGCAGACGACGACGAGGCAGACGACGACGACGAGGCAGACGACGACGACGAGGCAGACGACGACGACGAGGCAGACGACGACGACGAGGCAGACGACGACGAGGCAGACGACGAUGACCAAGUCGAAGCCGACGACGAUGACCAUUGCGACGAAGAAGACGAGGAGGUGCACGACGACGACGACGGCAGCGAGAAUGGUGAAGAAGACGACGAUGACGAGGAGCACGAAGUGGAUCACGACAACAAUGUGGACGACGAGGACGAGCAUGACGGCUGCAACGACGAAGACGACAGCGGAGCUGAAGAGUACACUGGCCACGGGCACUCGGACGACGACGACGAUGAGGACUCGGACGACCAUCAUGACUACAAUGGCCAAUCGGACGACGACGAAGAGUAGCACCAUUUCAUCGCUUUCGUAGUGCACAACCUAAACCUAUAUACACUUGCG